GGUGGGCAAUGGUUUGUACGUUACAGCAUUCCAUCGGAUCGGAGUUCAGAAAUACGAGAUACAGGAGUAGUUACACAGAAAAUGAAAGAACUGCGAUGGACACAAUUAUGGACAUCAAUGACUAUGAAGCGGUGGAUGCGAUGGAUGGAGUGAAACUCAGAGAGGGUGAUAUUGCUGUCUCCAGCAGAAGUGAGAAAAGCUGUUUUGCCCAAAGCUGUUUAUGGUCCAGAUCCGUAGAUGGACACGUUUACAUCGCAUACACACUCUCACCCAAGUACACUGAAGCGGAACGCCAAAUUAUAAAGCAAGGGAUGCAUCUGAUUGAGAGAGACACGUGUGUGCGCUUUGUACCCAGAACACACCAGAGAGACUUCCUGGACAUUCAGCCUAAAACUGGGUGUUGGUCAUACUUGGGUUCAAGUGGAGGCAGACAGACUCUCUCCUUGCAAAGUCCGGAGUGUGUGAGCUCUGGAGUUGUUUCUCAUCAACUCAUGCAUGUGCUUGGAUUUGUACACGAACAGUCACGUGCUGAUCGUGAUAAAUAUGUCACAAUCAUGUGGUCCAAAAUUUGGAAAGAUCAUGUAAGGAACUUUGGGAAGUUUAAGAUGAACAACAUGGACAUGCCUUAUGAUUAUGGUUCCAUCAUGCACUUUGGAAAGUACACGUAUUCUGAGGAUGGUGAUCCUACCAUUGUGCCAAAACGAAGCUGGAACAUUAAACUGGGACAGAGAUUGGGUCCAAGUGAACUUGAUGUCAUGAAAAUCAAUAAACUCUACAAAUGUAUUUAGUAAUGCAAUUAAAUGUAUAUAACAGAAAGCAACAGAAAGCUGAUCACAAACACUUUUUUAAUUAUUGUUUUUAAUGCUUAGCACUAUUCAUAACUAAUUUAUUAACAUUAAAGUAAUUAACCAUUAAAGUAUGUAUUUUAAUUUUAAAUGUCUGCUCUGAACCUGGCAUGUUAUGUUUGGAAUCAUUACAUAUAAACAUGCAUUAAUUAAUAUAAAUUAUUAAAUGAUAUACUUUCCUUGGUUAAAAAAUAUGGUUCCCUUCAUCUCAGUGGCAUAAGGUUUUGUAAUUUUUUCUACAUUAUCUAUGUAUACACACAAAAAACUGCUUGAUUUGGUUGUUCUGAAGGUAUGUUUUAAAAAAAAAAAAGUCACACUCAUGGUGUUCAGGGUCAUACUGACCCCACAUAGAAAAUCAUUGGGAAAUGUGAAAAUACGAGUUUAUUUUUCCAUUUGUGAAAUAAAAUCAACAAAUCCUAAAUAAAUCUGAAAAUUUCCACACAGAAAUGAAGGCCUGAUAGUAGAGCACAAAUGCAACGUAGAACAGACAUGCUCACUCUCUCACACACACACACACGCACACACAGAGAGCUGUGACUGCCAAAGAGCAUAUGUGUAGAAUUUGGCAACACAGAUAUGAAGGGGUGAGACCUAAUACACACACACACACACACACAGUGUUCACUCUUCACUUCUGUUCAUUUCUCCAUAUUACUGUUGGUUUUAUUUACAUAUUAUUUAAUUAAUUUCUAACUUAUAAAGUUAAUUUUUAUUAAAUAAUAUGCAAUCUGACUCUAAAGGGUUUUAGAGGGUUUUUGGACCAUUUCGGAGGGUUUUACAGAUUCAGAGUGUUUUAGGGUUUCGGAGGGAUUUGGAGGGUUUUAGUGUUCAGGAGGCUUCUGGAGGGUUUCGGAGUGUUUUAGGGUUUCAGAGGGUUUUGGACUGUUUUGGUGAGUUUUUCAAGGGUUUUGAUUAUUAAGAGGGUUUUUGCAGGGUUUCCAAGUGUUUUAGGGUUUUGGAGGGUUCCGAGGGUUUCGGGGGGUUUUAAUGUUCUGGAGGGUUUCGAAAAAUUUUAGGGUUUCUGAGUUUUUAGGGUUUUGGAGGGUUUCGGAAGGUUUUUGAAGGGUUUCUGAGGGUUUUAAACUUUCAGAGGGUUUUUUUUUUUUUUUUUUUUUUUAGAGUUCGGAAGGUUUUGGAGGGUUUAACUGUUUUUGAGUUUUUAAGGUUUUGGAAGGUUUUUGAAGUGUUUUGAAGGAUUUUAGGGUUUUGGAGUAAUUGGCGCCCUACGCUCUCGGCACUCGAAAGUAUUGGUGCGCUACACGUCCGGCACUCGAAAGUAUUGGCGCCCUAUCCGAAUUUUGCCACGCAAGCACCACUCACAUUUUCUUCAGGAAAUGUUCCGUUCUAGUUAUAAUUAUUCUUCUUCCACUUUUUUUCGGCGCGUAACUAGUCCCGCAGUUUUUCUCGGAAUUCCACGGGUGUGAGGUCAAAUUGAUUGGCCUAUUGAGGAGAGGUGUGCUAUGACUUUUGGAACCAAUCGGAAUGUCGGCAUUGCUGGUACGGAAGCUCAGAGUCGGAAAAUGUCCCAUAGACUUGCAUCGAGUUGCGAAAGUAUUGGCCCUCUAAACAGAAAGCUGUAAAAGUAUUCCUCGGUACACAUUCGCUUGUAAAAUGUAUUGGCACCCAAUCUGUUCGGCUCUCAGAAGCAUUGGCACCAUUUCCGGCCGGUGCUCAAAAGUAUUGGCACCCCGUACGGCCAGCUCUCAAAAGUACUGGCACCCUUGACGGUCGGCUCUAAAAAAGUAUUGGCGCACUACACGGCCGGCUCUAACAAUGCUGGCGCCCUAUCUGUCCGGCUCUCGAACGUAUUGGUGCCCGUCCCUGUUUUGCCACCGCAAGCACCACUCACAUUUUCUUCAGGAAAUGUACAGUUCUAGUUAUUAUUAUAAUUAGUGGUGCUUGAAAAGCACUACUAUUGUUCUCUUGCAUACUUAUUAUAAUUAUAAUUAUUAUAAUUAUUCUUCUUCCACUUUUUUUUUCGGCACUUAACUAGUCCCGCAUCGUUUGUCGGAGAUCGACGGGUGAGAUGUCAAAUCGAUCGGCUUAUUGAGGAGAGUUGUCCAAAAAUAUUGGCUCUAACAAUGCUGGCGCCUUAUCUGUCUGGCUCUCAGAAGUAUUGGCACCCUAUCCGGCUGGCGCUCAAAAGUAUUGGCACCCUGCACGGCCAGCUCUCAAAAGUACUAGCGCCCAUGACGGUCAGCUCUAAAAAGUAUUGGUGCACUACACGGCCGGCUCUAACAAUGCUGGCGCCCUAUCUGUCCGGCUCUUGAAAGUAUUUGCGCCCGUCCCUGUUUUGACCGCAAGCACCACUCACAUUUUCUUCAGGAAAUGUACCGGUCUAGUUAUUAUUA